AUGGAGCCUGAUGCGCCAGGCGAGUUCCCAUUGGAGUACAUCAUUGACCAUGUCUUUCUACCUCCCAAGCUUCCUACGGAAAACGACACGAGCGUAGAAGAAGAAGUGAUUUUAACGAAGCUUGUACACGAUACGCUUAACAAUUUCAUAGAGCUUCUGCCAGAUGAUGAUGAGACUAGCCAAUACAAGCGGCUCCCUCCCAUGCUGAGCAUCCUCAUGGAGGUUGGCAAGCUGGAGUCGCCAAUCAAAAAACUUGGGGCGAAGAUUGAAGAAAUGACAGCUGGAGAUGCCCUUGCCCUGCACAUUACACAACAAAAUGCUGGACUUAUUCUGCGGAAACAGAUUCACACAUACUCGAUCGAAACCUUCGAGCUUUCUGCAUCUGCUAAAGCUGUCACAACGUCCGUUGGAAGACUGGUCCGCCGGUUCCCUGGCCCUGUUAUCGCAGUGGCAGAUCAACGGAUUCGUGAUCAUAACUUCCAGAAGCAUUUCACGAAUUGUCUCAUGUACUUAGACAUCGAGCCACUAGAGACUGCCACGAGCCACACUACGGGUAUAUUCCGUGAUUCUGCCGAUCCUCAAUUCGCCACCGAAUGGCUACCUGGGAUAUUGCGAGGCAUAGGUUCAGUACUCGAAGUCCCGCGAAUCUUUAAACGCACACGCGAUGAGGUGGUGUGGGGAUCUGGCGUAGAGCCGUGGCGUCGCUCUCCUCGGUGGAUGCUGAUCCGUGUCGCGAUGCAAACGACUCUUGCGACGAAGAAUAGAGAUCAGACUCGGUAUAAAGUGUUCAUGGUUUACUUCAUGGCCACUGUACUCGAAAUGGCUGUAACUGAUGAUGCUCCCAGCGACACACUACACAUUAUGCUUGCAAAGGUAAACAGACGCAUUCAAAAGUUGGGGCCUAUUAUGACCGAUCUUCCCUGGGCUGCUCAGGCGCAAGGUUACAUCUUGGAAACGAUGGGGUCUGCUCGUACAUUAAUGACUAAAAGAUGGCAAAGCCUCCAAAAGAAACAUUCUGAUUCAGCUAGAACAUUUCAUCUUGCGGAUCUCAGGAAAUUGAAGCCUCACACCGAUACAACAUUAGGUCUAUCGAAGCUCAGGCCAUAUCUCAGACAACUCCAUAUCGCAGAGUUCGAAGAGCGCGAAGAAAUCAUCUUUGAAGGCAAAUGCCGACCUCGAAUCAACAGUCCUGGAAGGUCUCUCCCAGAUGCAUCAUUGCUCAAAGAGCCGACUACCAGAGAGAUUCAGCUUAGCUUGCUGGAUUUGGAACUUGUAAGUAUAAUCGGAAAUGUUAUGUUUUGUGCUUAUGGUACUGAUUGGGUUUGA